CAAACAGCUGCAAUAGCGGAAUCCACAAUGCCUACGAAGACACUGCGAUGUCGCUACUUUGGCAUCCUUUUCUGUAUUUCGUACUAUUUACCGUCCAAUUCUCUUUGUCCAAAUCUAUCGGCAAUUUCCUUUCGCUCUAUUAUGUAUUUUCUAUUUGACAGACUUCUGCAGUACUUUCUCAAUACAUCAUCCUUUCUCCAAUGGCACAACUUCGAAAGGAAAAAUAUACACGUGCCAGAGAUGACCCUUUUUUCGAUGGCAUGCGAAGAGGUGAGGCAGCAGUCAUCAGCAAAGGAAGUGGUCUAGACAUUCAUAGAAAAGCCACAAAGAAUGACAUAACGAGGUCGGCCUCGGAUGUUGGUAAACGAGGACAGAAAAAGAUUCAUGUGGAAUUAUCUGGAAAUGAUGCUUAUUAUGAUAGAAAUUUUACUAAUUCAGAUUCAGAAAGUAUUCAUGAACCUCUUGGUCGGUCAUUCUCUGCGAGGUCAUCAGCAGCUUCCACGAUGAGUUCCUCCCCUUUGGGAAGUCCUCGGUCUGGCUUGAAGUUUGAUUUGCAUGAUAUAGAUGAGUCUACCAUGCAGUCUAGUCAAAGAUCAUUUGAAGCAAAUGGAGAGUACUAUUUUCCUAGUGGCUUACAUUUGCCUGCCUAUGAAAGAUCUUAUAGCGUGACCAAGAGAUGUACAUCUAUCUCCGACAUUCCACUUCCUCAAUCGGCAGCAUUGUUCUACUGUGGAUAUUCACCGCAGCUGGAAGUUGUUGGAUCAUGUCAAGGAAUUCACAGGCUGAAUAUUUUUCUGAAGGCAAGAAGAGAUGAUGUUAGUGCAGGAGUUCCAUCAAGAUUCUUGCAUGCAGUGAUUGGCCCAGACUGCUGCGAUAUUGCAUCUGUUGCUUCAACCAUAAUGUAUGCUUUUUACUUGAAUGAAACAUUAAAUGACAACCAGUUAUGCAUUGUGCCUGUCAUAAACACGAAGAGGUCGGACAUUCAUUCUCAUGCUGAGCUCAGAUGGCUACUUGAUUCUUGCUUUCUUGAUAAAUCUUCCUUGAUUUUUAUUGAUGAGAUUGAUCUUUCCUACUACGAUUUAUAUGGGAGUCUUAAACUUGUUUUAGUCAACCAAAGCAAGCUUCCAGCUAAUCAGGAGGCAUUAAAGGAUGCAGUGGUUGAAAUUUUUAAUUGCAGAGAGGAAAAUACACCUUAUUCUUCAGUUGGUUCUAUCACCCUUGGGAAGGAGGCAUCAUGCUGCACACUUAUUGCUGACAAGUUUGCAUGCACUUCACCAGAGAUACUGGCAGGUCAAGGGUUCAGUCGACUUCUGUUAGCAGGUAUACUCGUCGAUACUGGAAAUUUGACAAACCCACAGACUACAACAACGGAUAAGUACAUGACCACUUUGUUGAUAAAUGGAGCAGGUCGAUUUGGAUGUAACGGUCUUUAUGAAAUUUUUAGAUACAAAUUGCAUGAUGCAACUGACCCCAAAGCAGGAGAAGUUUUACAAAAAGAUAUUAAAAGAUUGUCAAAACCGGAUGCAGCUGACCCCAGAGCAGAAGUUUUGCAAAAAGAUAUUAAAAAGUUGUCAAAGUCAGAUGCAGCUGAGCCCAGAGCCGGAGAAGUUUUACAGAAAGAUAAUAUAAAUUUGUCAAAAUCGGAUGAAGCUGACCCCAGAGCAGGAGAAGUUUUACGGAAAGAUAUUAGAAGAUGGUCAAAAUCGGGGAAACCUGAUGGUACAGGAUCAAGAAUGGGGACUUCAAAUAUUGGAAUGAGUUCAGUCGGAAUACCUAUAGGGGAGCUCUUAUCACAUCACUCUACUUCAGCAGAAAACAUAAGAAGUUUCCAGAAACUAGAGAAACUUCGCAUCCUCUUGAUUGUUUCAGGGUAUUAUGAUGCAGAGAAGAGCUUCAAGAGGGAGAUUCUAGUCUCAGCUGAAUCUUCUGAGCUUAUGAAAAGCCUGCUCCAGUUUAUCUACUCCUACGCAAAUGUGCUUCCACUCAAAGCUUUGCGUCAAUCAGGUCUAGCUACUGAGAUGAGGGUGUUCGAGAUUGAAAAAAUUGUAUCAAGGAAGACGAUUGAGAAACUUCUGGAAGAAUUCAAUGAGAUAGCAAAAUAAUAUAAAAUUUACAGGCCAUUCCACAUUUGUUGUUGUGUUAAGAAUAUGCAUAUAUCUCAUGUUCCAAUAAGAGUCAAGAGUAUACAUUUGUUACUUUAGUAGUUACAAAGAACCUCUAUAUCUACUAGUUACUACAGGAUGUUUAUUUCUCUUCCAAACAUAGUCUGUAUGUAUUGUGAUAAUACAGCCACAUAUCAGCGGCGAAGCCAGAAUUUUCGCUAAGAGGUGUCAAAAUAUAUAAAAGUAAAUAUACCAGAAAAUUAA